AUGGACGGAAUCAAGAAGACCUUUGCACAAUGCAAGAAGGAGGGCAGAUCUGCCCUCAUCACGUAUGUGACUGCAGGCUUUCCCACUGCGCAGGAGACGCCCGAUAUCCUCCUGGGCAUGGAGGCCGGUGGCGCAGACAUCAUUGAACUCGGCAUGCCCUUCACUGACCCGAUUGCCGACGGCCCUACCAUCCAAACCGCAAACACUCAAGCACUCAAGAAUGGCGUCACAACCGUCGAUGUCCUCCAGAUGGUUCGCGACGCGAGGAAACGCGGCCUCAAGGCGCCUGUCCUACUCAUGGGAUACUACAACCCUCUGCUGAGCUACGGCGAGGAGAAGAUGCUGCAGGAUGCUAAGGAGGCAGGCGCCAAUGGCUUCAUCAUGGUGGACCUUCCACCUGAGGAGGCUCUGCGCUUCAGAAACUUCUGCCGCAGCUAUGGCCUCUCGUACGUUCCUUUGAUCGCCCCUGCUACCUCGGAGCACCGCAUGCGCGUCCUCUGCAAGAUCGCCGAUUCUUUCAUCUAUGUCGUCUCCCGAAUGGGUGUCACUGGUGCUACUGGGUCGCUCAACGCCGCUCUUCCCCAGCUGCUCGACCGCGUCCACAAGUACUCUGGAAAUGUCCCAGCUGCAGUGGGCUUUGGAGUUAGCACGCGUGACCAUUUCCUCAGCGUCGGCAAGAUUGCUGAAGGUGUUGUCAUUGGUAGUCAGAUCAUCAACACCAUCGCCAAUGCUGAAUCCGGACAGGGCGCGAAGGCUGUCGAGGAAUAUUGCGACAAGAUCUGUGGCAAGAGCAGCCGAAAGACCACGCGUGAAGUCGGCAUGGUUGAGGCCUUGGCCGAGGCUAAGGAGCCCACUGGCGUUCAUGUUGACAAAGUCAUUACCGAUGCUGAUACUCCUGACGGCCCUGGACUCGCUGAUCAGAUUGAGGCACUGAACACCAACGGCGACUUCGACGAGGAGCAUGCGCACCCUCCUCGAUUUGGCGAGUUCGGCGGACAGUAUGUGCCCGAGUCGCUCAUGGAUUGUCUUUCAGAGCUUGAGACAGGCUUCAGUCAAGCUGUGAACGACCCGAAAUUCUGGGAGGAGUACCGGUCCUACUAUGACUGGAUGGGCCGUCCAGGGCAUCUGCAUCUUGCAGAGCGCCUUACGGAACAUGCAGGCGGCGCGAACAUCUGGUUGAAAAGAGAAGAUCUAAACCACACUGGAAGCCACAAAAUUAAUAACGCCCUCGGUCAAAUCCUCAUAGCUCGAAGACUUGGCAAGACUGAGAUCAUUGCUGAAACUGGUGCUGGUCAGCAUGGAGUUGCCACAGCCACCGUUUGCGCCAAAUUCGGCAUGAAGUGCACGAUAUACAUGGGUGCUGAAGAUGUCAGGCGCCAAGCGUUGAACGUCUUCCGUAUCAAGCUGCUUGGUGCAUCGGUCGUUGCUGUCGAAGCUGGCUCGCAGACGCUUCGUGACGCCGUGAAUGAGGCCCUUCGUGCCUGGGUCGUUAAACUUGACAGUACGCACUACAUCAUCGGAUCUGCUAUUGGUCCUCAUCCGUUCCCGACCAUCGUCCGUACCUUCCAAUCCAUCAUCGGCAACGAGACAAAGCAGCAAAUGCAGGAGAAGCGUGGCAAGCUCCCCGAUGCGGUUGUGGCUUGCGUUGGAGGUGGCAGUAAUGCGGUCGGCAUGUUCUAUCCUUUCGCAAACGAUCCCUCCGUUAAGCUACUUGGCGUGGAGGCUGGUGGUGACGGUGUCGAUACGGAUCGCCACAGUGCUACCCUUUCAGCUGGCACCAAGGGCGUGCUACACGGUGUUCGUACCUACGUGCUUCAGAACAAGCACGGACAGAUCAGCGACACGCACUCUGUCUCUGCUGGUCUCGACUAUCCGGGAGUUGGCCCUGAGUUGUCCAGCUGGAAGGAUAGUGACCGUGCCAAAUUCGUUGCUGCCACGGAUGCUGAAGCCUUUAUUGGUUUCCGCCUCAUGACUCAGCUAGAAGGCAUUAUUCCGGCUCUCGAGACUUCCCAUGCUGUCUUCGGUGCUCUUGAGCUGGCUAAAACGAUGACCAAAGACCAGGACGUGGUGAUCUGUGUCUCUGGCCGUGGUGACAAGGAUGUGCAGAGCGUCGCUGAGGAGCUGCCUAAGCUGGGUCCUAAGAUUGGCUGGGAGUUGAGAUGUAAGGCGGCAGCGCGUGAGAGCAAGCGAGAACAAAAAAGACGGGAGAAGCUCGAGCAGCUUCGCGAGGCCGACGAGAUGAAGUUCUCCCACAGCUUGCAAUUUAAUGCGGUGCCAGACUGGAGCAACCACUACAUCGCCUACAGUAACCUCAAGAAGCAGAUCUACAGUCUCGAGACCCAGAUUAACCAAAAGAACGCACACGUCGACGCCGAAUCCUCGCCGUUAUUGAACGGAGACGCUGAAGACCCCGACAAAGCCUUUACGAAUACGCUCGAUGCAGAACUCGAAAGGGUCGUCUCCUUCUACCAGCUCAAGGAAUCCGAGAUUUAUAGAGAAGUCGACGCACUCCUCAACGAUGAAAACACGUACGAGGCGGAGCAGGCAGAAUACGACCAUGAGCAGGAAAACGCCCCGCCCGGCAAAAAGCUACGCAGCGGAAGUAUCUUCAAACAGAUCAGCUUCCAUCAACCCAGUAAACCCCGGGCGAUGAGUGGGUUAAGCGACCGAUCGACAGCGGAUGGUGCAGACGACGACGAAGAUUCGGACGAGGACGCGAACGAGACAUCACAACUGCGCAAGAAGAGCCCCGAUGGGCAGCGACGGAGGCGGCGCGCUACUGAUGAGGAUUUGGCGGCUUCAAAUGACUGGGCCUCGUCAAGACGGAAAACCAGCGUAGCUUUCGACGACUACAACGACAUGGCGUUUGCCGCGCUGUAUGACGAAGGAGUAUCGUUGAAGAAGCGGGCCAUCAGUGUAUAUGUAUCGCUGUGUGAGCUGCGAUCUUUCAUCCAGUUGAACAAGACGGGGUUUGAGAAGGUGCUGAAAAAGUACGACAAGAUUCUCGACCGCAAAUUGAAGAGUCGCUACUUGAACAAAUACGUUUAUCCCGCGUUCCCAUUCCAACAGAGCACCAUGGAUAGAUUGACACGCAAUCUGGAACGUAUGGAAUCUGCCUAUUCGCAAAUAUGCACAAAAGGGGAUGUCAACGAGGCCAAGCGUGAGUUGAGGCUCCAUCUACGGGAACACGUGGUUUGGGAACGCAACACAGUUUGGCGCGAGAUGAUUGGAAUCGAGCGCAAGGCACAAGCCGCUAACAUUGGCAUCACCCAAACCUUGCUAGGACAUGAUACGAGUGGUGGCAAGAUACGGCGGCAAGGGGACGAUAUCCAGCCGGAUAUGAAGGAAGUGGACACGCCCAUCGGAAAAUACCGCUGCCCGCAAUGGCUGGUCAGCAAGACGUUCUGGAUGCUGCUUGCUUGUAUAGCGAUCUUCGUUGUCCUGCUAGUGGUGCCCAUCAUGGAGAAGCCUGAGCAGCAGAAUUGCCUAGCUAUGGUAGUCUUUGUCAGUCUACUUUGGGCUACUGAGGCGAUACCACUCUUCGUCACAUCACUCCUCGUGCCAUUCCUAGCUGUCACUCUCGAUGUCGUCCGAAGCGAUACCAAACCCUAUCAUCGACUAGACUCAAAACAAGCUGCGAGCUAUGUCUUCUCCGCCAUGUGGACGCCAGUAAUCAUGCUUUUGCUCGGCGGCUUCACGAUUGCUGCCGCCUUAUCAAAGUACAACAUCGCAAAGAUGAUGGCCACUUUGGUUUUAAGUAAAGCUGGCACGAAACCGAGAACUGUCCUGCUUGUUAACAUGUUCGUUGCCAUGUUCGCCAGUAUGUGGAUCAGCAACGUUGCGGCGCCGGUGCUAUGCUUUUCUAUCAUUCAGCCUAUCCUCCGUAACCUCCCCGCCGAUUCAGACAUGACCAAGGCCCUUCUCCUCGGUAUCGCCCUGUCCUCCAACAUAGGUGGUGCCGCUUCGCCCAUCGCCUCACCCCAGAACCUCAUCGCACUUCAAAACAUGCAGCCUGAACCCUCCUGGGGCGUAUGGUUUUUCGUCGCGCUACCCGUAUGCAUAAUCUCAAUCCUCCUAAUCUGGGUGAUACUCCUCGUCACGUUUCAACCUGGUCGCGGUACAACCAUUGUACCCAUCCGCCCCCUCAAAGACAAGUUCACUGGGGUUCAAUGGUUCAUCAGUAUUGUCACAGUCGUUACUAUUGUGCUUUGGUGUGUCAGUCACCAACUGGAGCCCAUAUUUGGAGACAUGGGUGUUGUUGCCAUCAUCCCGCUCGUCCUCUUCUUCGGCACUGGCAUCCUCACAAAAGAGGACUUCAACAACUUCCUCUGGACCAUCAUCAUCCUUGCUGCCGGCGGUCUUGCGCUCGGCAAGUCUGUUAACUCAUCCGGCCUCCUCCACACUAUCGCUGAAUCGAUUACGCAAAGUGUUGAAGGCAUGUCGUUGUACAGCGUACUGGUGGUCUUUUGCGCAUUGAUAUUAGUAGUUGCGACGUUUAUUAGUCAUACCGUUGCGGCGCUCAUUGUGCUUCCACUAGUACAGCAAGUCGGACAGAGUAUGAGCGAGCCGCAUCCGAACUUAUUGGUCAUGGGCGCCGUCUUGAUGGCGAGUGGUGCGAUGGGGUUGCCGACCAGUGGAUUUCCCAAUAUGACUGCCAUCAUGAUGGAAGACCAAAGAACAGGCCAGCGAUAUCUGGACGUUAAGCACUUCCUUACACGCGGCAUACCUGCAUCGAUUCUUACCUUCCUUGUGAUUAUUACCGUGGGUUACGGGCUUAUGCUCGCCGUGGGCUUUUAG